GGUUUUCAAUAACCCUUUUAAUUGAAUAACCCAUUAAUUUAUUUAUUUCUAUAUUGAGCAGUGAAUGAGACAGCGUGGUUCGUAGAGUCAACAGAAUUAUAUCUCCUCCAUUUCUCCAAUUUGCUCUAGGUUGGCUUCAGAUUCACUCAUAUCCUCAAACAUGUUCUUUCCAUGCUUCUCCUUCACUCUUCACCUACUUUAAGUCUUUGGACGAAACUGGAAUCGGAUAUCUUCUUGUUGGGCUUUGUAUUGAAUCAAGGUGGGUGAGAGAUUUGGGGACAUCAUGAGUGAGGUUUUCGAAGGAUAUGAGCGUCAGUACUGCGAACUUUCCACGAACCUGUCCAGAAAGUGUACCUCAGCAAGCGUUCUUGAUGGGGAGGAAAAACAUCAGAAGAUUUCUGAAAUAGAAGCUGGAUUGGAAGAAGCUGUCAUUUUGAUUCGGAAAAUGGACCUUGAGGCAAGAAGUUUGCAGGCGGGUGUGAAGGCCAUGCUCCUUGCUAAGUUAAGGGAAUAUAAAGCUGAUCUUAAUAAGUUGAAAAAGGAAGUCAAAAAAAUUACAUCUCCUGACACGAAUCAGGUUGCUCGUGAAGAGUUGUUGGAGUCUGGUAUGGUGGAUGCGCAUAUGGUUUCUGCUGACCAAAAAGGAAGGCUAGCAAUGUCCACAGAGAAAUUAAAUGAGUCAAGUGACAGAAUUAAGGAGAGUAGAAGAACCAUGCUGGAGACAGAGGAUCUUGGUGUCUCUAUCCUUCAAGAUUUGCAUCAACAGCGGCAAACUCUCCUACAUGCGCAUGAGAAGCUUCAUGGUGUCGACAAUGCCAUUGACAAGAGCAAGAAAAUCUUAACUGCCAUGUCGAAGAGGAUGAGCAGGAACAAAUGGAUUGUUGGAUCAGUAAUUUCAGCUCUUGUCCUUGCAAUAAUUUUCAUACUAUAUUUCAAGCUUUCUUGACAUCAAAUGGCUCAUGACAUUGCCUGGGUUAUGUGCAAUUUCUCUGUUUGUCUAUGUGUAUACCAUAUGUAUUGUUGUUAAUCAUACUAUUAAGCACUGUACUAGGUAUUAUAACCCUUACUGUUAUAUUGCUAUUAGGGGCAUUGAAUAAGUAUGCUUGCUGAAUAAUGCACCCUCUUGUAUUGCUAUUACUGUUGUAUUGCUAUGUGCAAUAGGUGAAUAAAUCGCACAGGGACUUUCUUUUUA